UGUGAGUUUUUGACCAGUGUGAGUAUUGCCUCACGAGCUGGGCACUGGGAAAUGGUGUUCAAUGUUCUACCGUGCCACGCAAAUUCCUGCAGUUUUCUUACAGCUCGUAGAGUUUAUUAUGCUUCUUAGUACUUCAAAUGCGGCGGGUAGAGGAGCAUUUUGCUUCUGUAAACCUGGACUGACUGCAGAAACCUAUUAAAUAGCGACUUACUGAAAGCUGAAAUUAAUUUCUGAUAGUGGAUUAAAAAGAAGAUGCACAUGCGCGCGCUUUAAACAAUUCCACGGAUCUAGCAGGAGCCAGCGAGUGAUUUACGAGCAGCAGGAGCCGCCCCUCGGCAGGAAAUGCACAGGAAGUACCGGGGCGGUGGCUGGCGCGGCCGCACCGCCCUCAGGCGAGCGGGAGAUUCGAAGGGCGGGCGGCGGCCAUGGUGGAGGGCCCGGGCUGCGCGCUCUGCGCCGAGCGCCUGCGGGCGCGCCUGCGCCGGGGACAGCGCGUGCGGGCCGCGCGGGGCGGCGCGGUGAGGGCGCGGGCACGGGACAGGGCACGGGACAAGGACAAGGGCGGGAGAGAGGCGCCGCCCGGCCCGGAGACCGGGACAGGGACAGGGCAGGGCAGGGCAGCCGCCUCGAGCAGCGGCGGGGACCCAGCGCUGUCGCUCGUGGGUGUCCGCGGUGGUCGGUGCCGCCAGGUGUGGACUGCUACAGAUAAAGAGAGAAGCUCUGGUCAUGAUUUCCUUGUUGGACAUGUUUACAGGGGUGUGGAGACAUUGGGAAAGGAACUUUUUAUGUAUUUUGAUCAGAAAGCUUUGAGGAUUCACUUUGGUAUGAAUGGUUCCAUGCGCAUUAAUCCUGAUGGAAGCAAAGACAGAAAUGGAGCACAACCAAUUUUGGAGAUACAGCUUAUGGAGGAUACUCUUUGUUUUUGGGAUGUGACGGUAGAGUAUAGAAAUGCAGCUGAGUGUGAGCAGAAAGUGAGGAUGAUGGAAAGUUUGGAUGUCUGUUCUCCAAAGUUUAGCUUCUCGAGAGCAGAACAUGAGAUCAAGCAGCAGAACACCCGUAUGUUGUGUGAUGUGUUAUUGGAUCAAGCAGUAUUACCUGGAGUGGGAAAUAUCAUAAAAAAUGAAGCACUGUUUGAUAGUCGUCUUCAUCCAGCUGUUAAGGUUUGCCAACUGACAGAUGAGCAUAUACGCCACUUGGUGAAAAUGACACGUGAUUUUACGCUGCUUUUUUAUAAGUGCCGCAAAACUGGGUCUCCACUCUACAAACACUACAAAGUGUACAAGCGUCCAGCCUGCAGGGAGUGCAGUGGCAGCAUCACCGUGUGUCGUUUGGGAGACCAUAACAGGAUGACUUACUUCUGCUCUCACUGUCAAAAGGCAGAUCCCCAGCUUGUCAAUCUUAGCAAACUGCCAGCAAGAACUAGCCUAAUUGGCUGGGCAUGUGGCAGGGGGUCAUGUUCUAAUGAACAUGUAGCUCGGAAAUCUGAAGAGGAGUGGACGUGUAUGCGCUGCACCCUAAUAAACAAGCCUUCUGCUGAAAUUUGUGAUGCCUGUUUGACUUCAAGACCUGAAGUUCCAAAGAUGGAGAGUUUUGAAGAUUCUGCAGCCCUUAACACAAGCUUAAUGAAGUACCCUUGUAAUGAUUUCAGAAAACCAAGCACAGAAAUAAAGAUCAAUAGGAAAACUGCAUUUGGAACUACAACUCUUGUCUUAACAGAUCUUGGUAACAACCCUGUUUUGGGAAAUGAUACCCAGGUAUCUGGUGGACACUCUCAGUGUGUUGUUCCAAAAAGGAAUUGUAAACUGAUCCAAAGCAAUGCCUGCCAGUCAGGGGGAAGCACAGACAAGGACUGCUCAACACAUGUAACUGCUCUGGCUUUGUCCUCCUGUCAGCAGCCUGACUCUUUCAAACACAUACAGAAGAAACAGAAAACUGAUCAUGUUCCUUUGGUUCACCCAUUUAAUGUAGCAGUCAGCACACCUCGAACAAAUCUGACAGAUGAUACUCCUCUGUUGAGCACUGGGCAUCCACGCUGCAGUAAACACAGCCGUCUCUGCAGCCUCAGAGUUGUGAGAAAGGAUGGAGAAAACAAGGGAAGGCAGUUUUAUUGCUGCCCUCUCCCCAGGGAAACUCAGUGUGACUACUUUCAAUGGGCCGACUUGGAUUUUCCAUUUUGUAACCAUGGCAAGCGAUGCGUUAUGAAGACUGUGUUGAAGAUUGGUCCAAAUAAUGGAAGGAACUUUUUUGUGUGUCCUCUUGGGAAGGAAAAACAGUGUGGCUUCUUCCAAUGGGCAGAUAAUGGGCCAGGUAUGCAGAUUCUUCCAUGAUCCCCCUGUUACAGUUACCUGUUCUUCAGGAUGUCUUAAGUGCACACAGCAUUUGUAGUAAUUUCUGUUUUGUUCUUUUUCCUUGUUCACCCGUCAACUAGUAAAAGACCUCCAAUCUAAAGAACAGAUCUAGAAAUAGUAAUUUUACAUAGUCCUAUAAAAAUUAAACACUGCUUGUAUGCUGCCUACA